GCCCCCACCCCUGCCCCUGCGCCCCCUCUCAGGGCUUCCCGGGGCCAGGGGGACAGGGGGCAUCGAGGCCUGCCGAGCCCGGGGGGCCAGCCCAGGAAGGAGACAGAAGCAGCUGGGGGCAGGAUGGGCACCGAGGCCCAGCCACUCCAGGGACCCGAGCAGGAGAUAAGGUCCCCAUGGCAACCCCUCGAGGAUUCCCCCAUCCCAGCCCCCCGGCUCAGGAGAGUGGCCACCUCCCCCCUGCACCCGACCCCUCCAGCCAACAAGGAGGAAGCCCCAGGGGACCCCCCAGGGGAGCAGGCAGGACCCGUAGGAGGGGGAGCCCAUCAGCUAGAGCUUGGAGCAGGAGAGAGAGGCCAAAGGAGUGUCAGGGAUGCAUCCCAGGAGGGAGGAGGAGGAGAGAAAGGAGUGCCCCCCCCAGGGGGGCGGAGGGGCCUGGGACAGGGACAGAGCUGGGCAGGCAGCUGUGAGCACUGAGAACCAGGAGAUGGGACAAGGAGUAGGGGAGGUCCAGAGCCAAGGGGCAAGGGCUGGGGAGGGGGCUGAAGCCAAAGAGGAAGAGAAGGAGGAGGAGGCUGGGAGGGGGCCAGAGGCCAGAGGGGGAGCACUGGAGGAGAAGUCUGGGAGGGGGCCAGAGGCCAAGGAGUCAGCAGUCGCCACAGAGGAUGCUGGGAGGAAGCCAGACGCCCCCGGAGGAGCCCACAGGGAGAGCCAGUCAGGAGUAGCCACUAAUGAGGUCCCCCUUAAAGCAACUUCAGGCCAAGAAAUUAGGAGGCCAGAGGUUAGGGAAGCGGAUGAGAAAGUAAAACAGCCCCAAGUUCAGGACCGUGGCCCUGCAGAACUCCAGGGGCCAGACCAGCAUCCUCCAGCUCAGGAGAAUGAGAACCCAGAGGCCCCCAGUCCAGUCCAUGGAGCUGGGCCUGGGGCUGAGGCAGGAGUCAUCGGGGGCCCUGGGGAGCUCCCCUUGGGCAUAGCGGAAAGAGCUGCAGGACAGGACAGUGGGAGAGCAGAGGAGAGGGGCCAAGAGGGGCCAGGGGCCCUGGGGGUACCUACCACGGGAGCCGAAGGCACCAUGGCCCAGGUGAGCAGGAAUGGCGCUCAUCCAGGGAGCACGGACAGACAGGUGGAUGGGGCCGGGGCUGGGCUAACAGGGACUGAGGACACGGGCGCUGGGAUGCUGAGGGGCGGGGAGGAGGUAGGGGUCGGAGUAGGGGGUGCUCCAAGAACAGGGCCUGAGGUAGUGGGGAUUAAGGAAGCGGGGGCUUGGAUGAGGGAGGCGGAAUUUUGGAUGUUGAGGAAUAGGGAGAUAGGAGCUGAGAGAUUGGGGAUGAAGGAGACAGAAUCUGGGGCGUCGGAGACCCGAGAGACAGAAACUGAGAUUCGGGCACUUGAGAUAGUGGGAGCUAAAGCUAUAGAAACUGGGGUACUGGGGACUGAAGAGACAGCAACACCUGAAAUAGUGGAGAUUGAGGAGACAGAAUCUGGGGUACUGGGGACUAAGGCUAUAGAAACUGGGGUACUGGGGACUGAGGAGACAGAAGCAGAGAUUUUGGCACCUGGUACAUUGGGGACUGAGGAGAUAGAAGCUGGGGUGUUAAAAAUGACCGAGACAGAGCCUGGGGUGUUGGGGAUGGAGACAGAAUCUGGGGUACUGGGGCCUAAGGAGACAGAAUCUGGGGUGUCGGAGACCAAAGAGACAGAAAUUGAGAUUCAGACAGUUGAGAUAGUGAGGAUUAAGGCUAUAGAAACUGGGGUACUAGGGACUGAGGAGAUGGAAGCUGGGGUGUUAAAAAUGACCGAGACAGAGCCUGGGGUAUUGGGGACUGAAGAGACACCAACACCUGAGAUAGUAGGGAUUGAGGAGACAGAAACUGGGGUGUUGGGGAUGGAGACAGAAUCUGGGAUACUGGGGCCUAAGGAGACGGAAAUUGAGAUUCAGGCACUUGAGAUAGUGGGGACUAAGGCUAUAGAAAUUGAGGUAUUGGGGACUGAGGAGAUAUUGACACCUGAGACAAUGGGGGCUGAGGAGACAGAAGCUGGGGUGUUGGGGAAGAAGGAAACAGCUGGAAUAUUGGGGACCAAGAAGGGAGAACCUGGUGUAUUAGAGAAUGAAGCAAUAGGAACUGAGAAAUUGGCAUUUGAGAUGCCAGGGAGUGAGAAGCUGGAGGCUGAGAUAUUGGGGACCGAGGAGCUGGAGGCUGGGAUUUUGAUGUCUAGAAAGGCGACAUCAGCUGGGAAAGUGACGGGAUGGGCACUCUUGGGUUUGGGGGAGGAGUCAGAAGCAGAGCCAGAAUCUGAGGGGUCUAUCCAGGAGCCAAGUCCAGACCCAGCAGGUGGGGGGGCUGGGGAAGAAGCCCCCAUGACCACAGCCACCAGCUUCCCCUGGGUGGCCCCCGCCUCAGUGCAGGAGGAAGGGGAGGCCCGGGGCUCUCCUGCCUUCUCUGCACCAACACCCCCCAGCCAGGAAUGGCCUGAAGAAGACAGGAGGCCUCAGGGCUGGGGGGGAGGCCCGGAGCCUCCCCUGGGCACCAAGGUCAGCUCCAGCCAGUCCCUGCUUGAGUGGUGCCAGGAGGUCACAGAGAGUUACCCAGGUGUCCGUGUCACCAACUUCACCACAUCAUGGCGCAACGGGCUGGCUUUCUGUGCCAUCCUACACUACUUCCAUCCGGACAAGAUUGACUUCGCAGCCCUGGACCCCCAGAAUAUCAAACAUAACAACAAGCAGGCUUUCGAUGGCUUUGCGGCCCUGGGUGUCUCACGGCUGCUGGAGCCUGCAGACAUGGUGCUCCUGGCCGUCCCGGACAAGCUCAUCGUGAUGACCUACUUGUGUCAGAUCCGGGCUUUCUGCACAGGCCAGGAGCUGCAGCUGGUGCAAGUGGAGGGUGGCGGCCGGGCCAGCACCUACAGGGUGGGCGGCCCUGAGCCUGAGCUGCCUGAAGCCAUGGGCUCCAGCCACCUGGCCCAGCGCCUUCGGGAGCGUGGCGGGGACGUGGCAGGGGCUGUGACUGACGACAGGGACAAUGCCAGCCCAGGUCCCUCGAAGGAGCCCCCAAAGGCUGCUGGGAGGCAGCCUAAGGAAGAAGAGGGGAAGGCCAGCCCAGGGGUGGGCAUGCCUGCAAAGAGCUCAGGACAGCAGUCUAAUGGGGACACAAAGGAUUCCAGGACGGGGGCCCCUGUUGCCCCAAAGGAUGCUGGGAUGGAUGCAACCAAGGCCAAGAAGGAUGCUGGGAGCCAGGAGGCCAGCGGCUCCGAGGAUGCCAGAGCCAGGGCUGAAGGCCCCGCGGUCAGGACCAGGACGCCGUCCCCGGCUGACUGGCUGACAAACGGGACGGGGCCUGGUGCGGUCAGACUGAGGCGGCCCUCGCUGAACAGUGAGGCCGGCAUGGGGCCUGUCCCCCCUCCUCGGGCCCAUGGCUCCUUCUCCCACGUUCGGGAUGCUGACUUGCUGAAGAAGCGGCGCUCCAGGCUUCGGAGCAGCUCUUCCCUCUCUGUGGACGACACCGACUCAGGGGCCUCGGGGCCCUCGGAGACCCCGGCUCCAGAUUCUGUCUCUGCCUCUGCCAACCAGAAGCCCACUGAUGUGGACUCUCCUGUGGAGGAAUCAUCGCAAAGUUCUGGUUCCAACGUCAACCCCAGCGAGGAGCCUGGGAUGCAGCGAUUCCAGGACACAAGUCAGUACGUGUGCGCUGAGCUGCAAGCCCUGGAACAGGAGCAGAGUCAGAUCGAUGGGCGGGCGGCCCAGGUGGAGACCCAGCUGCGCAGCCUCAUGGAGACAGGUGCUGACAAGCUGCAGGAGGAGAUGCUGAUCCAGGAGUGGUUCACGCUGGUGAACAAGAAGAACGCCCUGAUCCGGAGGCAGGACCAGCUCCAGCUCCUGAUAGAAGAACAGGACCUGGAGAGACGGUUCCAGCUGCUGAGCAGAGAACUGAGGGCCAUGAUGGCCAUUGAAGACUGGCUGAAAACGGAAGCCCAGCAGCACCGGGAGCAGCUCUUGUUGGAGGAACUGGUGUCUUUGGUGAACCAGCGGGACGAGUUGGUGCGAGAUUUGGAUAAAAAGGAGAGGAUAGCCCUGGAGGAGGACGAGCGCCUGGAGCGGGGGCUGGAGCAGCGGCGUCGGAAGCUGAGCCGACAGCUGAGCCGUCGAGAGCGCUGCCUGCUGAGCUGAGCCCGGGCCGGGCUGGACUGGGCUGGGCCGGACCGAGCCGCGGACCGCCGUCCAGUCCCUUAGGGUGGCCGCUCCCUUUUGGGGUGGGUGAGGGACGAGGGUCGCCGCUGGUCCGGGCUAUGGCCACCCGAGCUUCCCGGGGUCCUGAGUCCCCAGUCCUGGGGAUCUCCUGUCACCCCACCCGUCAAGCGGAGUGGGCCAGGAGGCCUGGCACUGGGCCAGAGGGUCUCUACUCCCUUCCGAUCUGCCUGGCUCCUGCGGCUCGGCCGGCCUAGGUCAGGCAGCUGCAGUCCAGCCACAGGCCUCCGGGUCCCGCGCUCCGCCUUCCCGCACCCCCAAAGGAUCCGCCUCUCAGCUUUCGUCCUUCCCCACCCCACUUGUGCCUUUCCGCGCGUGGCCACCAGAGGCCGCCGUGGAGCCUGGUUUGCAGCACUCCCGGGGUGUGGGGGGACCCUAGCCAUGGGGUCGGCCCGGUCUCCAACCCCGCGCCCAACGGGCCGUAUUUAUUGAAGCGUGUGUGCGUAUGUGUGUAUGUAUAUUUGUGUAUGCGUGGGAGCCUAGGGGGCCCGCUGCACUUGGGGACCCUCGACCAUCUCCAGUGGGUUCUUGGACCUUCGGUAAACGAACGAGAGGGAGUCGGGGCAGAGUGCUCCAUAGCUCAGUCCCCCAGGUUCCAUUCCGCCUUCCCCCAGCCCAGCAAAGGGCUCCCGUGGUUCUCGGUAAGCGGGGGUGGGGGGGGGUGUAACAGAACCAUCGAUAAUUGAACCUGUGGUGAUGACUGGCUGCCAAAGUCGUCUCUGCAAUCCCUCGGUCCCCCGGACCACCCCCAGGGACCAGGAGUUUGCCGCAAUAAAUUCUGACUCGGA